AUGCCAAAAAUUUCCAUGGUAGGAAGCGGACAGAUUGGAGCCAUUGUGGGCCAACUGAUUUUAAUGGAAAAUAUAGGAGAUAUUGUUCUUUACGAUGUAAUGCAAGGUGUACCUCAGGGGAAGAGUCUGGAUUUGAAACACUUUAGUACCAUCGUAGGAGUGAACAAAAAAAUACUGGGAAGCAAUAACGUAGAGGAUAUUAAAGACUCUGAUGUAAUUGUAAUAACAGCAGGUGUGCAAAGGAAAGAAGGAAUGACUAGAGAAGAUCUGAUAGGGAUAAAUGGGAAAAUAAUGAAAAGUGUUGCCGAGUCAGUGAAGCAAUACAGCCCAAAUGCCUUUGUCAUAUGUGUUAGUAAUCCGCUUGAUAUUAUGGUGAAUGUUUUUCAAAAAUAUAGUGGAUUACCACAUCAGCAGAUUUGCGGAAUGGCUGGCAUUUUGGAUACCUCUCGUUUUAGGUCUCUCUUGGCAGAAAAGCUCAACGUGGCUCCAGAAAACGUCAGUCAGGUGUUAUUGGGAGGACAUGGAGAUCUGAUGGUUCCUUUGGUUAGGUACUGUUCAGUUUCAGGCAUCCCCUUAUCAGAGUUUGUAAAAAAAGGACUCAUAACGAAUGAAGAAAUUAAUGACCUUAUUAAAAAGACAAGAGAUAUGGGUGCAGAAAUUAUUAAGCUAUCUAAAUCCUCUGCUACUUUUUCUCCUGCUGCUGCUAUUGUGAAAAUGGUUAAAUCUUAUUUGUACAAUGAGAGUCAGCUGUAUACUUGUGCUGUUUACCUGAAUGGUCUUUACAACUGCUCCGAUUUGUAUGUUGGAUCUACUGCUAUAAUCAAUAGCAGUGGUGCCAAGCCAAUCGAAUUCGCGCUCACUCAGGAGGAGCAGGAGCUCUACGACAAGUCUAUUGCCUUCGUGCGCGAGCACACGCAGAAGGCCUUCGCGCUCAUCAACUGA